AUGUCGGCCAACUCUAACUCGCGUUACAAAGGCUCGACGCUGGCCCGGUUCGUCAAGAACACCAGCAGAAAACCGGGCAAGGUCACCACGCGAUUCAGCGUGCGCAACAGACCAGAGCCGGCGGCCGCGGCCAACCCCAUGCUCAAUGACUCCAUCACGCGCAGAGACAUGGUGGAGAAAAUCGAUGCCUUGGACUCCAUGAUGGGCUUUGACCGUUUUGACCACGGCGGCAUGGACGGCGCCCGUCCACGCAAGGGCUGGUUGGUCAAUAUGCACGCCACCACGGUGCCCUCGGAGGAGUAUCUAGCCGGGUAUUCGGGCGUGGACUUCUACUUCUUGGACGCCGAGGGCGGCCUGUUCAAAGCCACGAUUCAGCACGACCCCUACUUUUUCUUGAUGGUGGUGCCGGGCCGCGAGGCCGAGGUCGAGGAGGCGUUGAAAAAGUUGCUCGAGGAGCACAAGUUGAAGGCCGUGGCGCGCGAGUUGAAAGACGACUUGGCCAUGCCCAACCACUUGGUGGGGUUGCGCCGCACGCUUCUCCGCCUACUGUUCCACAACGUGUCCGACUUGCUAGGGGCGCGGCGGAUGCUCACGCCCAUAAUCAAGGAGAACCAGGCGAAACGAGACACCCGGGACGUGUUCCAGGCGUUUGAUUUCACGAAUGCCGACAACGAGGACCUUGCGCUGGGCGAGCAUGCCGGCGCCUGGUCCCACAGGACACGUGCCAGCGACGCCGUGUCGGACCCGACCACCUUCAUUGACGACUUGCGCGAGUACGACGUGCCCUUCCAUGUGCGUGUGUCCAUCGACAAGAACAUCCGGGUCGGCAAGUGGUACGACGUGUAUGCGAUGCACGGCGCGGUCAGUCUCGAGGAGGACACCGCGAAAAUCGCGUUUGCCGACCCCGUGGUGUUGGCGUUUGACAUCGAGACGACCAAGGCGCCGCUCAAGUUUCCUGAUGCGAAGACAGACCAGAUCAUGAUGAUCUCGUACAUGAUCGACGGCGAGGGCUUUCUCAUCACCAACCGCGAAAUCAUUUCCGAGGACAUCGACGACUUCGAGUACACGCCGAAACCGGAGUACCCGGGCGAGUUCACCGUGUUCAACGAGCCGGACGAGAAGCACGUGUUGCAGAAGUUCUACGAGCACAUCCGCGACGUGCGUCCCACGGUCAUUGCCACGUUCAACGGAGACUUCUUCGACUGGCCCUUUGUCGAGACCCGGACGAACCUCCACGACAUGGACAUGUUCGACGAGAUCGGCUUCGCCAAGGACAACGAGGGCGAGUAUAAGUCCAAGUACUGCGUGCACAUGGACUGCUUCCGAUGGGUAAAAAGAGACUCGUACUUGCCGCAGGGCUCGCAGGGCUUGAAGGCCGUGACGACUGCCAAGUUGGGCUACAACCCCAUCGAGCUCGACCCGGAAUUGAUGACCCCAUAUGCCUACGAAAAGCCGCAGGUUCUCUCGGAGUACUCGGUCUCGGACGCCGUGGCUACCUACUACCUAUACUUCAAGUACGUGCACCCGUUCAUUUUCUCGCUCUGCACCAUCAUCCCGUUGAACCCGGACGAAGUUCUCCGUAAAGGUACCGGUACCUUGUGUGAGAUGUUGUUGAUGGUGCAAGCAUAUGAGAAGGAGAUCUUGCUCCCGAACAAAUACACCGAUCCCAUCGAGCGGUUCUACGACGGGCAUCUCUUGGAAUCAGAAACCUACGUGGGUGGCCACGUGGAGUCCUUGGAGUCGGGGGUGUUCCGCAGCGAUAUUCCCAACAACUUCAACAUCCAGCCCGCGGCGAUCGACGAGCUUCUACAAGACCUCAGAAAGUCCAUCGAGUUUUGCAUUGAAGUUGAGAACGGAAAGAAGAUUGCGGACGUGGAGAAUUUCGACGAGGUCUAUGAAGAAAUCAAAGCCAAACUCGAAGACUUGCGCGACAACCCGGUCCGGACUGAAAAUCCUCUUAUCUACCACGUGGACGUUGCGUCCAUGUACCCGAACAUCAUGACCUCUAACAGGCUCCAGCCCGACUCUAUGAAGACCGAAGAAGACUGUGCGGCUUGCGACUUCAACAGGCCGGGCAAGACGUGUGACCGGAGAUUGGAGUGGUCCUGGAGGGGUGAAUUCUCGCCUGCAAAGGCCAUUGACUACAACUUGAUUAAGAGAACAUUGCAGUCCGAGAAGUUCCCGCCGUUAAAAGAUUGGUUGCCCGCUCGGACGUUCGAGGAGCUUUCAUAUCCCGAACAGGCUUUGCUCAUGAAAACCAGACUCGGAGACUACUCCCAGAAAGUGCAUAAAAAGAAGAAGGUGACAGAGACUGUGACAAGGGAAGCCAUCGUUUGUCAAAGAGAAAACCCCUUCUAUGUCAACACCGUGAGAAACUUCAGAGACCGUCGUUACGAGUUCAAGAAUCUUGCCAAAGUGUGGAAGGGAAAGUCUUCCAAAUGUGCAGACACCAUCUCACGAGACGAAGCCAACAAAAUGGUGGUCUUGUACGAUUCGUUGCAACUCGCCCACAAGGUCAUUCUCAACUCCUUCUAUGGCUACGUGAUGAGAAAGGGUUCCCGUUGGUACUCCAUGGAAAUGGCGGGAAUCACCUGUCUCACCGGCUCUAAGAUCAUUCAAAUGGCCAGAGCUCUUGUCGAAAGAAUUGGGCGGCCCUUGGAAUUAGACACUGAUGGUAUUUGGUGUAUUUUACCAAAGUCUUUCCCAGAAAACUUUAAUCUCAAAUGCAAAGACGGAAAGAAGGUCUUUUUGGAGUAUCCUUGCUCGAUGUUGAACUACUUGGUCCAUCAAAAAUUUACAAAUCACCAGUAUCAAGAUCUCGAGGAUCCGGAAAGGUUCAAGUAUAGUACCAAAUCCGAAAAUUCGAUUUUCUUCGAAGUUGAUGGGCCGUACCGUGCCAUGGUGUUGCCUACUUCCAAGGAAGAAGGAAAAGGAUUGAAGAAGAGAUACGCAGUUUUCAACCACGAUGGAUCAUUGGCUGAAUUGAAGGGUUUCGAGUUGAAGAGAAGAGGAGAAUUGAACCUUAUUAAAAACUUUCAGUCCGACAUUUUCAAGCUAUUUCUUGAUGGAGAUACCUUGGAAGAGUGUUACAAGGCAGUGGCUACCGUUGCAAAUAACUGGCUAGAUGUAUUGGACACCAAAGGUGGAAUGUUGGAAGAUGAGGACUUGAUCGAACUUAUUUGUGAAAACAAAAUGAUGAGCAAGGCUCUCACAGAGUAUGAAGGUCAGAAAUCUACAUCCAUCACUACAGCUAAACGCUUAGGAGAAUUUUUGGGAGAGGAAAUGGUGAAAGACGCAGGUUUGGCAUGUAAAUAUAUCAUCAGUUCUAAACCUGCUGACAGCCCCGUCACCGAACGAGCCAUUCCUGUUGCGGUGUUUUCUUCGGAGAAAAAGGAGUACUUUUUGAAGAAGUGGCUCAAAGACUCCUCAUUAACAGAAUUUGAUCCUCGUUCCAUAUUAGAUUGGGGUUAUUAUUACGAGCGUUUGGCGUCGGUUGUUCAAAAAAUCAUCACUAUUCCCGCUGCCUACCAAAGUGUGCAGAACCCGGUUCCCAGAGUUCCUCAUCCUGACUGGUUGAGAAAACGUAUCCUUGCUCAAGACGAUAAACGAAAGCAGUCAUCGAUUUCUGCGUUUUUUGGUGUUCUGUCAAAGAAAGAACACCAAGGAAAAGCAUUUAAAGAUAUUGAGGAUUUUGGCAACCGAGCCGAUGAUGACGUUCCUGGAUCUUUGGUUGGGAAAGUGACAGUCAAGAAAAGAAAACUCCGAGAAGCGCAGAAGGCUAAAAUUGAGGAAGAAGAAAAACAUGCAUCGCUUCUUCGGGGCACUUGCCCUUCCAUGACUGAAGAUUACGUGGGAUUCUUGGAGUAUCAAAAAGCUAAGUGGAACCUUCAAUCUCGCAAUAGAGAUCGCAGAAAGAAGUUAUUCGGAGAGACCUCGGAGUCGUCCCAUAGGUCCUCCGUUGGUAACAUGAUCCGCAAACAAGCUGAAAAUAUUGCAGGGACCAAUUGGGAAAUUCUUGAGUAUAAAAUAGAUCCCACUAAAGUUGGUGUGGUUAAGGUACACUUGCUUUCUGCUGGAAAGGUCUACUCGUUUUCCUUUAAUAUUCCGAAGCAAGUAUAUGCUACAUUUAAGUCGCAGCUUUCGAGCAAAAAAACAAUAGCGAAUUGUGAAAUCGAAAAAUCUAGGGCAGUCCUUCCAAAUGGCCACGAUGCAUCAAACCUCUACAAGUUCACCAUGCCUGAAACCACCUAUAAUGAGGAAAUAAGCAGGGUUGAUAGCUUGUUUCAUGAUUCAAGAAUUGUGGGAUUAUACGAAACCGAAAUAAGUUCCAUUGAUAGAGCUAUCAUCGGCCUAGGAAACACUGUGCGCUUUGAUGAUACCAGAGUGGGUGCUUUGGGGAAGUGUUUGAAAACAGGCUUCACCACCAAGGAUUUGAUCCAGAUCAAUCAAGCACAAUACUUAAAGAGGUUUAAUAUGGAAAUCUUUUAUUUGCUCCAUCUUGUGACAAACAGCUAUGAGUUUUUCUCCCUAUUUUGCACUUGGACAAACACUGUGUUUCUUUACGUCUUAAAGCCAUCCACUGGUGCUCAAGAGCUACCAUCAAAUCUCGAGAAGAUUUACAAAGAUGUAUACGAGGCAAAAAAAGAUUCGUUCACCAGCUAUUACAACAUCGUGGACUACCCCAUUGAUGUCAAGUUUGAGACACUUUACUUCAACAACCCCUCUUCUUUAUACAAAAAACUCAAUUCCACCUUGAGGAAAAUUCACGAAGGAAGGAGUAGUAAAGCAUUAUUUGCUAUUCAGUCACCAUAUUGCCACAAGGUUUUGAAUCUUCUCGAAAGUGCUACUGACUUCCCUACAAUUAGAAUGAGCGUGAGAGAAGUGCCUAUGCCGGCAAUUGGUUGGCAAUCUCUCAUAUCUCAGAGAAUUAUGAAACAUUAUUUCAAUUUAGCUUCUGGGAUCAAAAACUUGAUAGACCUUUCUAACUACUCGAAUAUUCCGCUCUGCAACUUGCAAGCCGAGAAUCUAGACUAUUUGAUCGACGUCCAAUAUGCCAGGCGCUUGACAGAAAAUAAUGUUGUUUUGUGGUGGUCAAAUAAUCUAUACCCUGACCAUGGAGGAUAUGAGGCAGACCAAGUGGAUGAUCUGGAAGGUCUCGAAUCCAUCACUAUUAAUAAGCCAGAGAUAUACGAAACAGCGUGUUUGGAAAUCGAGAUCGGCACGUUGACCAUCAAUACCAUUUUGACAAGUUCGCUUAUCAAUGAAAUGGAAGGGACAGACUUGGCCGAUGAUCCUUUGGACGGAGACGAUAAUCAUGGGGCUUCAACCUUGGCAGUCGAUACUUUUUCACCAACUGCUUUGGCACUUUUGAGGUCGAUGGUUAAGCAGUGGUGGGAUGAUGCUUUGAACCACAACAUCCACGCAGACUCCAUGACGAGUCAACUAGUGUUAUGGAUUCAAAAAAGAAGCUCGAAGCUAUACGACUACACGCUUCACAGACAUAUCCACAAGCUAACAUACAAGGCCUUGAGACAGUUGGUUGGUGAGUUCAGAAGAAUGAAUGCCCAAGUCGUGUUUGCUACGAGUCAGAAAUUGAUCGUCCAGACUUCGAAGAUCUCAGUUGAAAACUCGUAUGCUUUUGGCAACUACGCGGUAAAUGCAGUUCGCUCCAAGCCAUUAUUCAACUUCUUGGACUUGCGCAUUGUGCGCUAUUGGGAUCUUUUGGUUUGGAUGGAUCAAUUCAACUAUGCCGGUCGGUGCUGUACAGAAAUCACAAACGAAGAAGUUCAAGACUUGAUUCCAUUCAGCAAGUGGCACAUAAAGAAGUUUCUCCCGGUCAUGUUUCAAAGUGAGUUUGAAGACUGGGUAGUCAUCUUUUUGAAUGCUUUGGCGAGCUACAAAGGUGAGGUGUUGCUUGGAGGCACGCAACUGGGAACACAAAGAAUCACGCAGUUGGCGCAUAUCUUGAACGGGCAGAAAAAGCAAGACACGCUCAAUGAAACUGACGAGGAUGACUUUGUGAGUGAGGUGAUGGUGAACUUCCGCAAGCCACUCCAGCAGAGAAUCAAGCUACUUAAUCGUCGCCAGAACGAGUCAAUCCUCAAUCCCGAGAUGAAGCAAGAGUACGAGUUUCCAAAACUUGCGGGUUCUCACCUCAACAUGAAGGCUCCUGUUUUGGAACUUGUCAAAUUCUUGUGUGGCGUAUUUGCAUUGUCCAGUAAGAGAAGUAUUGAGGUGCGGAUGUUGCGGCGAGACCUUCUCCAGGAACUAGACGUCAGGGAGUUCAGUGCCGAAUCCUUGUUCAUCAAUCCCAGUGCUUCUUUGACCAUCACAUCUGUUAUUUGUGACUACUGUGAAUAUAUUCGUGAUGUGGACUUCUGCCGAGAUGAAGACAGUGAUGUUUGGGCUUGUACGAAUUGCCGCAAAUCGUACAACAAGGCGGCUAUGGAGGAGGAGCUCAUUGCACAGUGCAUGAGAUUGGUGGCCAAGUACUUGAGUCAGGAUUACCAGUGCUCCCGGUGCCAUACAAUCAAAAGCGACAACAUGAGCGAGUUUUGCAAAUGCUCGGGCAGCUGGACGGAGACCGUAAAGUACGAGUAUGUGGAGCAACGGCUCCUGGUGUUCCGCAAUGUGGCCAGCAUCUACGGGUUGAAAAUGUUGCUGGUGCAGCUUGAAGAUUAUUUCUAG